GCAAAUCUCGUACAAGCAUACCUCCCUAUAAAGGCUUUCCAGAUGAGCGAAAUGGUAGAAAAGGCAAUUGACGGAAACCAGUUUGAUGAAGCUGAAAAGUGGCUUGCCUGCUGCACCGAGAUUCAGGAUAAUUGUGAGGAUUUGCUAACUGGUGACAGGGAAAUACCUGUGGGUAAAUUGCAUUUGGAUCUUGUCAUAAACCGGGGAGGUAACCACCUUGAGGUAUUAUUGAAUCUCUUUACAAAUAUUGAAAUGGCCUUUAUUCUGAGGUCCUGGGGUUUUGCUCAGGAGACAACCUUCGAGUUGACACGAUGCGCUCGAAUGCAUGUUAUGCGCGAUAUUUUGACAGAGCGAACCGAGAAAUGGUUGAAGAGGCUUUUCAAGACGCGUUUGGCGGAAGCCUGUGACCUAACAGAUGUAGCUCGGAGGACAAUCGCGGUAGAAAAUUGA